AUGGAAAGUGAAAGGCUAGAAGUCCUCAACACGAGUGUGAAGCAGUCGACUCUUGUGAUCAAAAGUUAUGUAGUGAGUAAUUCGAACAUAUUAUGUCUGACGUCAUCGAACAGUUUGAUAGUGUAUAACACGGAAACAAAAAAUGUCGUUUUCCACACGCCACCGCCACUCACGAAGUCGGCGCCUGUGAUUUCCGUCGACUUUUUGGACAAUUUUGUCGUCACCAUUUCUUCGGACUUCACUGUUUUAGUUAUCGACCUUGUGUCAUACAAAGUGUAUUACCGACAGACAAUUUCGAAUGCGGUCGAAGCCAAAUUUAUUAACACUAAAAUCUUCACUGUUUACUCGUCUGAUAAAACUUUGAGAGUCGUGGAGUACCCCGACACGUCGUUACUGGGGUUUGGGAAGAGUGGCCACGUCGACGUCUUGUCGAACUCGUGUGUUGCGUGUACCCCAGCGAAAACAAAGGACGUUGGACAGUUUCUGCUUGCGACGGGGAAGUCCGUCUUCUUAUGGUUGUGCGAUCUAGAAGACCAGAAGCUUGGCGGGCCGGGGACUCAAUAUUCGGAGAGCAAAUUUACAAGUCCGCCAACGGAGUACUAUUUGUAUAAGAAACUGAAAACGAUCAGCUCAGAACCUAUUUUAGACUUCCAGAAGAGUGAGUUGAACCCGACGUUCUCCAUCUUUGAGAAUGGCGUGAUCUCAUUUUAUGAAGAGAAAGUAGUGAAGAAUAGUUUUAGUGUUAAUUUAGUCCGCGAAUUGAGUGUUGUCCGACCAAAGAAGAUCAUCACGUUGGAGUCUUUUGUGCUUGCGCAAUAUCCCGAGAGCCUCAAAAUAGCGUCUGCGGGAGGAGAGAAAGUUCUUUUGAGUGAAUUGUAUAUUGAGAUGUGUGCGAGUAACAGUACACAUCUUGUGUAUUUGAGUAAAGGCGAGUUCUAUAAGAGUGAGCUGCCGACGGAGGACGAUUUGAUUGAAGAGAGUGGCGACGUUGAGUCCCAAAUAGCGAUAUGUCUGCAGUCGAAAGAGUCCAAGAGAAUGGCGAGCAAAGGUAUUAAACUAGUUGUUGAUCAAGCCAAGAAGGGAGUUCGUGUUAUAGACUUGUCGAUAGCAUUCAACUGUAUAGAUGAAGUGUUAGUUGCUUGUAGUCAACAAUUAACUAAUAUUACAGACAAAGCUCUUCAAGAAGUACUUACAAAGAAUAUCAAUGAACUUUAUAAGUACAUUUCAGAGGUUUUAAGAACGGGAAAGCCAUUGAAAUUGACUAAAAAUAGUGUAUGGGAGUACUUUGUAUAUACCUUAAGUGAGCCGGACUAUAUAGACUCUGAUAUGGUCUUAGCGUAUUACUCGGACUUAUUAAACAGUGCGUCAGUCAUUAGUAUUUGUAUUGAGUACUCGCGCUAUCAAACGAUCUUUUCGCUGUAUAAAAGCAUUGGGAAGCGUACGGUCGACGCGUUUCAAAUAGUCUCGCACAACUUCAUAGUGAACGGGAUCACUCCAAAUAUGCUUGCGAACCCAAAACAACAAGAAAACUUCAAAUUGCUGUUACAAGCGGUGGAGAGAUGUUUAGCAGAAGGCGACGAGAGUCUUGUGCUUGAAACGCUCUUUACUAAAAAUAAGGGGAUGAUGCUUAUAGAGAGUUUUAUAUUAUUAAACAGAGAUAAGACGGUAGAGAUGAUGCGGGAGGUGAAGACGAAGAUUAGUGUGUUGAAUGGGUACAUUGAGACGUUAAAGAGUCCAAUUAAAGAAGUGAAGGAGUGUGUCUCGCGUGAGAUUGUGAUGAUGCAAAUGAGUGAGAAAGGUCUUCUCGAGUCCAUUUUCAUCAUUUUGACGAG